GGAUGUUUAAGUAAACAGGCUCAUUUUACUUUGCAAACUAGGAGAUCUUAAUCACUGAACGUAUUAUAUAAUGUAGUUUAUAUUUUUAUUAUUAUUGGAGAGAGGCAAGUUGAACAAUUCAAGGUGGUGUGGGCUGUCUGCGUCGGAUUUCAGUCGGCCUAUACUAGCAACCUAGCCUACCAUUAGAAGCUGACUACCCACGACUAAAUACAGAAAAGCAAGUGGAGCAGGUCCACCAUAAUUUGAUCGUUUAAUUUACUCUUACUUCGUGUAUAGGAAGUAUUAAUGGCAACCAGACGCCUGACCGAUGCCUUCUUAUUAUUGCGGAACAAUGCCAUACAAAACCGGCAGAUACUGGCUGAGCAAGUGAGUACAUAUGAGCCCCGUCGUACCCUGAAUACACGUAGCAAUGCUGCGGAGUUUGAUGAGCUGGCAGAUGAUCGAAUGGCUCUGGUGUCUGGAAUUAGUAUGGAUCCAGAAGCCACCAUUUUUGUGUCUAAAAGGCUCUCGCCCAAGUGGAUAGAAGGUGUGGAUGAGAUUCAGUAUGAGAUGACACGUAUACAGCAGAAAAUUAAGGACCUGGCAAAUUUACACGACAAACAUAUGAACCGUCCAACGCUGGAUGAUAGCAGUGAAGAGGAGCAUGCCAUAGAAAUCAGUACACAGGAAAUCACACAGAUGUUUCAUCGGAGUCAGCGGGCAGUAUUGGGGCUACAGUCCCGCUCUGGUCACUGUACAGAACAGGAGGAAAAGCUGCUUAGAAACGUUGUUUCCUCAUUGGCUCAAAAGCUUCAGGAGCUUUCAACCAACUUUAGAUAUGUACAGUCCAGUUACCUUAAACGCAUGAAGAAUCGUGAAGAACGGUCCAAGCACUUUUUUGGUCCUUUAAUGGAUGAGGAUGAAGGCAUAGCACUAUAUGACACAGGCUUUACAGAGGACCAGCUUGCUUUGGUGGAUCGUAACACAGUGAUGGUGGAAGAGAGGGAGCGAGAAAUCCGGCAAAUUGUACAGUCCAUCUCCGAUCUUAAUGAAAUUUUUCAGGACCUUGCAGGCAUGGUGGUAGAACAGGGUACAGUUCUUGACAGAAUUGACUUCAACGUGGAACAAGCCUGUGUAAAAACAGAGGAUGGACUUAAACAAUUACAGAAGGCUGAACAGUACCAGAAGAAAAAUCGGAAGAUGCUGGUGAUUUUAAUCUUGUUCGUUGUAGUCAUAAUUCUAAUAUUAAUUUUGUUUGUGACCAAGUUUUAAUGCAAAUUAUUUAUGUAAACAGAAUAAUCUUUCAGACAUCAGUUCUCAAAUCAAUCUAUUAAAAAACAUCAAAACAAUGCCAGUAAUUGCCUUCCUGUGCAGUAACUGAAGUCUCUUAUAAAUUGAGUGACAUAAGAAGUAUAAAAUGUUUUUACCUUUGUUUUGCAGGUUUGGAGGCUAGUCUUGUCUUUGGGCUUUAAUGAAAUAGUUUCCUUAAAUCUUGUUGUUUUCUUGAUCAAGGAUUGCAUAAAAGAAAUUGCACUUUCUUUAUCACUGUUGAUACUACUCUGGAAAAUCUGAUAUAAACUUAACAAUAGCUUAAAGACAAUGUUGUAAAUUUUUCACUUUCACUGACUAAACUAAACAUAAAAGGGAACGCUCAAGAUAUUUGUGAAAGUUAAGAAUUUAAGCCCCAAACAAAUUCUGGCCCUCUCUUUUUUGCUUACAUCAAAGCUAAACCCCAAACACACAUGCUGCUGUGUGUUUUUAUUUGAAGGCUUCUUGCCUUGUUUCACAACCCUAUAUUUUUUUAUUAGCCAGUAUGAUGCAUGUCUUUAUUUUUAUUUAUAGCUAAGAUAUAGAACUAAUUAUAUUAGAACUGAUUAAAAGAAAUUAAAUUCAAGGCUUUUGCUGUUAAUAAAUGCUGUCAGUGCUAAUUCCUUAAUUGUGAGGCCUUCAUACUGAAUAAAAUAAAUGUACUUUAAA